AUGGCCGUCCCCCAAUCAACGAAGACCGUCGUAGUUCUCGGCGCUGCAUACGGAGGUGCUCACGCUGCACAAGUCCUCGCGCAAGGUCUUCCCGAAGGUUGGAAAGUCGUUCUCAUUGAUCGAAACUCACAUGCCAACCACGUUUAUAUUCUCCCUAGGCUCACUGUUCUCCCUAGCCACGAGCACAAAGCCUUUAUCCCUUACCGCAGGGUCUUCUUACUCGACGGCCCGCAUCCACAUCUGUUCCUCCAGUGUCAUGUCGUCUCCCUCGCGCCACAUUCGGUCAAACUAUCGAAGUCCUUCCCGGAACAUGGUAUAAAUGAUGGUGCCCUUGAUUUCGACUACCUGGUGUACGCCCUUGGAAGUGUUUUGCCUGGUCCAUCCGACCUAUGGGGUAGCAACGUCUGCGGGGUUGUCGCAAGUCCAGAGAAGUGCAAGGAGGAGUUGAUAUAUCAAGGUGAGAAGACGCAAGGUAUUGAGUGGCUGAAGAAGAACCAGAAGGUCAUCGAGGACGCACCUAGCGUUCUGGUCGUUGGUGGCGGCGCCUUGGGUGUUCAAUUCGCAACCGACAUUGCCGCUGUCCAUCCGAACAAGAAGGUAACCCUUUUGCAUUCCCGAGAACGCCUGCUACCGAGGUUUAAUGAAGAAAUGCACACUGAGAUCCUCGCAUCCACGGUAAAGCUAGGCGUAGAUGUGAUACUAGGCGAACGGCUGGACCUCAAGUCGGUCGAAGAGGUUCCGCCUAAACGGAACGAGGCCGGCCAGCGUGUUGUCCGGACCGUAAAAGGUAGAGAGCUGGCCGCAGAUUUAUUGAUGCUUUGCACUGGUCAGCGAGCGAACACCGAAAUCAUGGGAAAGAUGGAUCCAGCCACCGUUGACCCAGGCACUCACCUCGUCCACGUCCUUCGGACGUUGCAGGUGGGUGUUCUGAAGCCGGAAGGGGAUAAGAAUCCUGAAGGCACCGUCGAAAAUACGCCUUACCCGCACAUAUUCGCCGUUGGCGAUGCUGCUGAUGCGUUCGGUGCUAUUCAAGCUGGGCACACAGCAUACGCGCAGGCCGAAUUAGCGGGGAAGAACAUUCUGCAACUGAUCGACGGAAAGGAUCAUGAAUUAGAAUCAUACAAGCCGGGACCUCCUGGUAUCAAGGUGUCGCUUGGUCUUAAACAUUCAGUCUAUCAAGUGCAAGGUGUUGUGGGAACUAAAGAUGAUGGGGUAGACGACCUGCAAGCUGCCGCUAUAUGGCCUUUCUUUGGGAUCAAAGUGGAGAAGGACGAAGACAUGUAUGAGUAA